AUGCUCGGUUCCAAAACCCUUCUUCUGGCCGCGGCCGCCAUCUUCCAGGCCACCCAAGUUGCCGCCACCAACUGCCAGACCAUCCUCACAGACACCUCGGUCUUCACCGGCAGUAGCGUCAUUGAGCAUAGAUCGCUUGUCAUCUACAAGAACGGCAAUGCUGUUGGCUACUACAAGGGCAACCCAUACGGUGGCGAGUGGAUCGACAUCGAUUCUGAGCUGCCCUACGUCUUCGUCUGGGCGGCCAAGAGCACCGGCGCCGGGCCCGAGGCCUGCAGGGGCAAAUACGCCGCCCAGACGUCCCUCACAGGCAAAGUGUCUGGUUCCGGAUUGCAAAAGGGUAGUGUGUGUACUAUCGACUUCAACUGUUAA